GUCACAGAGAAUUCGACUGUGAGUCAACAUCUCAUCUCUUGAAUGCCUACACCGUCGGUCUGUUGGUCUAUCUAAAUCUCAGUUUGGAUUCACUUGUACCAAGAUCAGACCCAUUUCUUCUUCCUUUUAUCGCAGGCGUGUUGUCCCAACGGGGGUGUUUGUUGCAUGCAGGCCUCGUUCUGCCCGUCGUAAACAAUCUUAGAUCGUCUUGCUUGGUCAGACUGCGAAAUGCCUGCAUUCGACAGUCCCGAGCAGUCCGCUGCUGCAGUGGCCAACACUGCGGCUGCCGACUCAAACAUCGCUUUCCCACCCGUCACGAGGGAUCAUAUCUUGCACUGUUCUUAUGACUACUGGUUCCCCAAAUACCGCACAUCAUGCAUCCGCUCCCGCAUUAUCAAGCUGCCUCCAGAGUUCAUCCAGUAUAUACGCGAGGACGGCAUAAUACUCUCGAGCGAUGAUCCCUCCGCAGCAGCAGAUGAAGACGAUGACUGGGAGCCCACAUCAACCGCCUUCGCCCCUCCUCGCGUGGACGAGCCCGAGCAGGACUCAGACGACGACUCAGACGACGACUCAGCGCCUUCACGCCUGCCCCCGAACGAGCGGUUCCCGGAGCUGCACCAGAAGAUCAAGGACACCAUCAAGGAGCUGGGCGGCGAGGUCGCGCCGAAGCUGAACUGGUCCUCGCCCAGGGACGCCGCCUGGAUCUCGCCCCACCAGAACACGGUCAAGUGCACCUCGCCCAACGACAUCUACCUCCUGCUCAAGAGCUCAAACUUCAUCACCCACGACCUCGACCACGCCUUCGACGGCACCGUGAGCCCCUCGGCAAAUGGCAGCUCGGCCCCCGCCCCGGGCCUGGGCUUCCAGCCCGUCCUGGUCCUGCGCUCCUUCUUCACGCCGCACCAGGCCCUCGAGUUCCGCUGCUUCGUCAAGCAGCGCAGCCUGGUGGCCAUCUCUCAGCGCGACCUGAACCACUACAACUUCCUGCUGCGGAUGCGCCCCGCCGUCGCGGCGCGCGCAAAGGACCUGUUCGACUCGCGGCUGCGCUUCACCUUCCCGGACGGCAACUUUAUCUUUGACAUCUACAUCCCCGAGGUGCACAGCCUCGACGACAGCGACGAUGAUGACGAUGACGACCCAGGAAAGAAGCUCGGCAAGGCGCGGCUUAUCGACAUCAACCCCUGGGCGCCCAGGACCGACACCCUCCUGUUCGGGUGGGACGAGCUCCUGGCGCUGCACGUGCCGAACCCCAUGCUCGGCGUGGCUGGCAGCGGCAGCACGGGCGUCGAGGAGGAGGUGGUGCGGCUCCGCAUUGGGGGCGGCAAUGGUGCUGCUGCUGGGGAUGAGGCGGAGACCACCGAGGAGGAGACCGAGGAGGAGGAGGAGGAGGAGGAGGACUACCUGCCUGAGCUGCGGAUCGUCGAGAAGGACGACCCCGCCGCGUACAACUUCAGCUCGCCGCAGUACUCGGCUCACAAGCUGCCCAAGGAGGUCGUCGACGCGAGCACGUCCGGCGCCGGCGGGCUGAGGGAGUUUGCGCAGCAGUGGAAUGAGAUGCUGAACCGGAGGCGGUAACCGGUGCCGGUUUAGAAAGGUGUGCGUUGUUGCGUUAGAACAGAUAUGAGAAUGUCACCAGAUUGCUCAGCAGAUGAGCAUGUCUAUCUACUUGCUCCCAGUGUACGGCGUCAGGUCUCAGAGGCAUGCGAUAUUCGCUGUGUUACGAUCAAAGUUCUUGGAGAUCUAGCUCCUGAAGAAAUCGAUAAAUAUGUUCACUGG